ACAAACCAGGAACUCAUGCCCUCCAAGUUAGAAAGCUUUCUUUCCCUUUAAUUGCCCUGAAAACACACACACUCUCACAUAACACGGAAGGUGAGAGCUGAAUUAAGUUUUCUGGGUAAUGGCUUGAAAUGUUUUCCUUAUGAAAAGUGGUGUUGAGUUACAGCGUGCAGACCAAGAACUGGGAGGAGAGAAGCAGCAGCCCCAGCCCGGCCCCAACCUUUUCUUAUGCUUAUAGGAAGGUGGUGGUGGGCUCACAGAGACAAGAAGAGUGAUCUAUGGAACUGCCUGGCGGCUGGAAUCGACUGCUCCUGGAGUGACCUAAGGGCAAUGUUUAACAGGGCUUAGCCAGGGGCCAGCCCACAGGCACGGAUGCUCUGCUGUGAAAUGCCACGCAGGCAGAGACUGACAAGCAGUAGGAACUGAACUCUCCCCUUGGACUGCUGCUUCCUGCUGUGUUCAGGGGAGGGGGGCGCUUUCUGGCAAGUCCGCUGCUGCUGCUGCUGCUGCUGCUACUUCAGCCCCCGCUCCACUCAAGGUAAGCAGGCUCAGGGGGAGGGCAGGCUGCAAGCCUUUGUACCAUGAACAAGAUCCGAAAGUUUUUCCGAGGAAGUGGGCGCGUCCUGGCAUUUAUAUUUGUAGCUUCUGUCAUCUGGCUGCUCUUUGACAUGGCAGCUCUCCGCCUCUCAUUCAGUGAGAUCAAUAGUCGGGUCCUGAAGGAAGACAUUGUCCGGAGGGAGAGGAUAGGGUUCAGAGUUCAGCCGGACCAAGUGAAGAUCCUUUACAGCAGUGUAAAAGACAUGAAGCCCCCAUUGAAGGGACACAGGAAGGGCAUAUGGGGCAAAGAGAACUUUAGAAAGACUGAGGAGAGUAAGCUCAAGGUUGAAGAUAAUUUGGACCAAACCCAGAAGGAAAGAAAAAUGCAGAAUGCCCCUGGAAGGGGCAAAGUUGCACCUUUGUGGCGUCCUGCAUAUCUUCAGACCCUCCCAGUGACUUUUAUCAAGAGGAAGACAGAGGCGCGAGACAUCAGCCCUAAAGCUUCCUCUCACCAUGUGACACCAAAGCAAACAACAGCUCAGGGGGCUCAGAAAGUGCCACUCAUAACAACAAGAAGAAUUCCAUUGGCCAAAAUUUCUAUCCACCAAGGACCUGUCAGUAUAAACCAGGAGGCACGGAAGAAUCAUAGUCUCAGCAGUGACACAUCAAAACAAACAGCUGAGAGAAACAUGAAUGCCACCAUCAGUCUUAAUAUUGACAGAUCAAAGCAGCAAUCCCAGGCAGUAGCAAACGAAAGGACACACCCUGCCAGCCCACCAGUGCCAAAACCCAGGGAAGCCAUAGCCUUAAAUAAAACUGAGACUCAGAGCAAAGAAUUAAGUGCAAAUAAACACAAAGCCAAUAAGAACUUUCCCUUUUCCAAGUUCUUUGCCAAUUCAAAUCUCUUAAAGAAGCAAUCUAUUAAUGAGACACAGUUGAGAGGCUUGCCAAAGGAUGGUGGAGCCAAAGUGGCUGAUGGGAGGAAACUCCAUUUGCCUGAAAGCCACAUAGUGAUUAUAACCAAAGAGGAGGAGCUAAAGACAGAAACCAAAGAGGUCCCCAAAACAAAAACAAAAACUCUAUUUCCUAUAGGACCAGCUGAGAGCCAAGGGAAGCACAUUGCUAAGAAUAGAAGUGAGGCAUCUUUCUCUUCACUUGCUCCACAGAGAGCCAUAGUGUCUCAAACCAGUCAAGCCUUACCUGGGGGGUUGGAACCAUCAAGAAUCAACUCCACCACCAAGGCUGAGCCUACACAACUCAACCGAAGUCAUAUAACAGCCCAUUCACCCAAAGAUGGCGGCAUGCACCGGGUGUUAAGUAUUGAUCUGACGCUUUCUCCGAGGGACCCCAAAGCUCCAGGUCAGUUUGGACGUCCAGUAGUCGUCCCCCAGGGAAAGGAAAAGGAGGUAGAAAAAAGAUGGAAAGAAGGAAAUUUCAACGUCUACCUCAGUGAUUUGAUCCCAGUGGACAGAGCCAUUGAAGACACGAGACCUGCAGGGUGUGCAGACCAGCUAGUUCACAAUAAGCUCCCAACCACCAGUGUCAUCAUGUGCUUUGUGGAUGAGGUGUGGUCUACUCUCCUAAGGUCUGUUCACAGUGUCCUCAACCGAUCUCCUCCACACCUCAUCAAGGAGAUUCUUCUGGUGGAUGACUUCAGCACCAAAGACUACCUAAAAGAUAACUUGGAUAAAUACAUGUCUCAGUUUCCAAAAGUUCGGAUUCUUCGCCUCAAAGAGAGACAUGGCUUAAUAAGAGCCAGGCUGGCAGGGGCACAGAUUGCAACAGGUGAUGUGUUGACAUUCUUAGAUUCUCAUGUGGAAUGUAACGUUGGUUGGUUGGAACCUCUGCUGGAAAGAGUUUAUUUAAGUAGGAAGAAAGUAGCCUGUCCAGUAAUUGAAGUCAUCAAUGAUAAGGAUAUGAGUUAUAUGACAGUGGACAACUUUCAGAGAGGCAUCUUUGUGUGGCCCAUGAACUUUGGUUGGAGAACAAUUCCUCCAGACAUUGUUGCAAAAAACAAAAUUAAAGAAACUGACAUAAUAAGAUGCCCUGUCAUGGCAGGUGGAUUAUUUUCCAUUGACAAAACUUACUUUUUUGAACUUGGAACAUAUGAUCCUGGGCUUGAUGUUUGGGGCGGAGAAAAUAUGGAGCUCUCAUUCAAGGUGUGGAUGUGUGGGGGCGAAAUUGAGAUCAUUCCCUGUUCCCGAGUGGGCCACAUAUUCAGAAAUGAUAAUCCCUAUUCCUUCCCCAAAGACCGGAUGAAGACGGUGGAGCGAAACUUGGUGCGGGUGGCCGAGGUCUGGCUGGAUGAGUACAAGGAGCUCUUUUAUGGCCAUGGGGAUCACCUCAUAGACCAGGGGUUAGAUGUUGGAAACCUCACCCAGCAAAGAGAACUUCGAAAGAAACUAAAAUGCAAAAGUUUCAAGUGGUACUUGGAGAAUGUUUUUCCUGACUUGAAGGCUCCCAUUGUGAGGGCGAGUGGUGUGCUUAUUAACGUGGCCUUGGGCAAAUGCAUUUCCAUCAAAAACACCACAGCCAUUCUGGAAGACUGUGAUGGGAGUAGCAAGCUUCAGCAAUUUAAUUACACCUGGUUAAGACUUAUUAAACAGGGAGAAUGGUGCUUAGCUCCUGUCCCUGAUAAUGGAGCCCUGACACUGCACCCUUGUGAUAACAGAAACAAAGGGCUAAAAUGGCUGCAUAAAUCAACAUCAGUCUUUCAUCCAGAACUGGUGAAUCACAUUGUUUUUGGAAACUAUCAUCAGUUGUUGUGCUUGGAAGGAAAUAUGUCUCUGAAGACCCUGAAAGUUGCUGCUUGUGACCCAGUGAAGCCUUAUCAAAAGUGGAAAUUCGAAAAAUAUUAUGAAGACUAAAGAGGAACUGAUGUUUUUAUCUAGUAAGCCCAUAAACACUGUGAAUAUGACAGUGAACUUGGUGACUAUAUUUCUCCGUGGUAGUUUAAAAUUUUCAAAAUUAGUAGCAUUUGCAUGGAAGAUUUGUUGGUUUUUUUUUUUUUUUCUUAAAUCAUAAUAUUUGAGAUACCAAAAGUUAACUCAGGGAAACAGUCCAACAUUGGAUUGGAGUCCUUCUUUAGCACUAGGCGGCCUUUUGUAUUGCCUGCUUUCCUCCCUGUGCUGGAACAAAGCCUGCAAGUUUCCCCAUGUGAUCUAACAGGUAACUGGAAAUGAAGACAGAAGUACUUGGAUAAGCACACAUGAUGACUGAUUUUGAUAAUAACCAGCUCUUUUGAUCCACAGGUGGGUGUAAUCAAUGAAAAUAUGCUCUUUCUUUGCUAUUUUUCGUCAUAGAGAAAGGAAAACUACUUGAGUUCCUAGGUUAAAAGACCUCAGAAACACACAGCUGUCACUUUGGUGAAAUCCCUCUAACUACAUGCCUGUUUAUCUGACAGAUUGAAAUAGUAUUGAUACAAUACUUCUUGAUAGCAGGGUUUGAUCUAGAUGACUGCAUAAUGUUUUUCCCAAUCUGAGUCAGUGGAAAAAAUAUUAAGCAAGGAAGUCAAAUGCUUAGUCAAUUCUAGAAAUGGAUGUUGUUUCCAUGCAUUUUAUGCUUUUAAACUGUGCUUUACAGAACAACCGUCCUAGUAAUAUCUAGAUUUAUGUGAUAUUAAAAAAGAAAAAAAUGUAAAGAAAGAGAGGCUGGGUCACAACACAUUGUAGUAACCAAAAAUACAUUUAAUCAUUGAACCUACUCUAAUGUAGGAUCAAGUAAGAGGUGCUGAAAUGAACAAAGCAGAAACAGGGCACUGAAAAGUAUUAAAGUUCUUUUAUAUGAAAAUUCUACUUUAGAUUCAACAGCACCCACAGGGAUGAAGUAUGCUAAAAAUGGACUCUAAAAGAUUUCAUGGUAGAAUAAAGUGAAGGAGACAUAAAGAAAGGGGAAGAUAAUGAAAUAAAAAGGAAGAGAGUUAAGAAAAAAAUAUCCUAGAAUUAGCCAAAAAAAGGAAGAGGAUCUGGCACUUCAAUUGGGGGGGGUGGUGGCGAGAAAGGAAGACGUCAUAGAUGAUAACACUGGUAAACUUGGGGACAGUUCCAGUAUUUCUUUGACAACACUGAUAAAUUUGGGGACAAUUCCAGUAUUUCUUUGAUCCAAAUUGAGCCCUUAUUAUUAAAUGUGCCAAUAUUUAGACCUAUUAGAAGAUACCUCAGAAACCCUAAUAAUAUUUACAUUUAUUUUGGAAAGAAAAUUGAUCUGCAGAAGACACAUGACCUGCCUGAAAAUCCCAGGCCACUUAAUGAGAGAAUCUGGAUUAGAAUUUGUAUCUCCAGAGCUAGAGCUUAUUCUACUGUCCUAGGCUACUAGCCUAAACAAAUCUGCUCCUCAAUAUUUUUAAGAAAGAGAAACCUAAAUCUUCUUGUUGGGGUUGGGUCUCUGGAAAAUAAUUAUGCAAUAUCUUUGUUAAUAUUAAAAAAAAAACAAUGUGCAGUUGAGAUGAUAGUAAAACUGCGUAUCCUCAUUUCUCACUUCCUAUUUAAAAUUUAAUUUUAACUUCCAAUUAAUUACACAGCAGCAGAGCAAUAACUAAGCAUUGGAAGGGGAAAUAUUUUUGCAUAUUUGCACCAUAUUUAAGAUAUUUUAUUUAAAUAACUGACAUUGCAGAUGAGCUAAGAUAAUGACUAGAAAAUGAGAUCAUCCUUUUCCAAACAGAGCCAUGUGGGGGAUAAAACACAAGCCCAUUGCCAAAGGAUUAAUUAAGUUGCUGACCAAACUACAUAUGCUAGAUGCUGCAUACAAUUUUUUGUGGAACUGAAAAGUGCUGAAAGGUAUUCCACAAGUCGAAAGAAUCUCUUUUUAUUCAAAAACAGUUUCCUCCAAAAUGUCAACUCAGUUCAGAAAAAGAUGAAUUAUGUUUUAGAUACACUUACCUUUGGGUAUACCAGCUGAAGAAAUUUGAGUGUUUUUGUUCAAAAGAACCUUCUCUAGUCUGCUCAGUGUAUCACUUUACCUUGACAUAUUUAUUAUGUGAAGCUAUAUUUGAAUUUAUAUUGUCAAUAUAACAAAGAACUGUUUUUAUACAUCACAUAUUUGCUCUUGGGUAGAAUUUUAAAAACAGCUUUUAGCAUGUUUUUGCUCAAUUACCCUAAAAAACAAGGAACUAGUCAGUUAGGAAUCUUAUGGACCUAACCUUAAGAGUACUGACUAAUUGUGAGACAUACUUCCAGCAUUCUUUUAAGCAUUGCCCUCUAAUUUUUGUUUUCAGAAGACUGUAAUAAAAGUAUAAAUGCCCCAGGUCAUCUGGUACUUUUAAUGGUAAACCCUUGGAUGGCGCACAUCAGGGUCCUAAUCAACCCCAAAUCUUCAACUGGGGACUCUGUUCUUCUGAAGUUCAGAGUUUUCCCUAGAUUGGCUUAAGUCAUUGCCUUUUCUUAAAAAAAAAAAAAAUGUCUAUGCAUCUUGUUAUCUUAAACACAAGCAUAGUUGAUAAUAUUUUAUAGAACUUAUUUGAUCAAAAUCUAACUUACCAAACCAUCUAGUGCUUCUAAGCCUUCUAGUUUGUACAAUUCCUUUCUUGUUUUCCACAGUUACCCAGAGCUUCCACCCUACUCUCUUGAAGGAUGACACAGCUGUUGUUGGCACAACUGUGUUUUGUCACCAGCAUCAAAUGUGCUCAAUUUGGCUUGCUGACAUUCAAUCAGCUGUCAUUUACAAGGGCAAGAACUGCCAUGUGCCGUGAUCACUAUGUAUGGCUGGUUUUGAACACUAAUUUGGAAAUACUUUCUUAGAUAUUAAAACACCUUGCCUCUAGAAUCAUCUGGGGGAUCAUAUAGGGGCAAAAGUACAGUUUAUGGUGUAUAGGAAUUCAAUUUUCCCAGUUAACCUUGAUUUCAUGAAUGUCUCAUAAUGACUUUCAAGGGGUUCUCAGGCAAGAGAAUGGAGUUGAAGUGCACCAGAGAGCACCAUCUUUAUUUGUUGUAACAUCUUUAACUGUCACAUUCAAACACAGGAGAGGAAUUCUGUCUCAAAAGAAAUCCUCAGAUCUUGGAUUCAAAAACAAGGAAAUUACAAGAAGUAAAGGGAAAAGAGAAUGGGACUGAUUACCUUUGAGUAUCUGCUAUGUGCUAGGCACUAUUUGUGCCCCAUCUCACUAUUGGGCACAACUCAGUGAGGUGAGUCUUAUUCUCCUCAUUAUGCAGAUAAGGAUGGAUGAGAUGGAUUGUGUAAAGUCAUCCCACUGGUAAGAGUUAAAACCCAGAGUCCAUUCUACUAGGCUCAAAAAAAA